ACGGUGUCGUCGACGACGCUAAAAUAUUCGUAGUGGUGUUCAUUGGUACGGUCUAUACGUGUAGCUGUGGCGUUUACUGGCGCCAUCUGGCCAUUUUGCGAUAACUAAAGGUGGUUUCAUCGCAAUAUAUGUGGGCUUGGACCGUUUGAACGCCCUGGGUCUCAGUAGCACCGAGUCAGUACUCUCAGUUCGUUGUCGAUCGGCUCACACACCACCAUCCUGAGGGAUCACACAGCCAUUGACCACGUUCGUAAAAUUCGAUCCCCGUUCGAGAUUCCGGCGACGUUGGCCAUGCUGCUGGGGGCAGAUAGAACGCGGCUGACGUACAUGUCAGCGGUCGUCGUCGGCGCUGGGACGGUGGCGGUCUUCCUAUGGUGGUGGUGGGCCAAGAGACAGAAGGAAAAACCGCCGUCGAAAUGGCGGAAGGUCGGCGAGCUCAGCGAUCUGGUCGCGUAUCCGGUCAAGUCGCUAGGCCCCGUGCGAAUGACGUCGAUGGACUGCACGAAACUGGGUCUGCAAUCUGGCUGGAUGAGAGAUCGGACUCUGUUGGUCAUCGACCUGAAUGGACACUUCGUCACCGCCAGACAGGUUCCAAAAAUGGUCCAGGUGAUACCCAGUAUUACCGGUUCGAUUCUCACGCUUUCCGCCCCGGGGAUGAUGUCCGUGUCCAUCGAUUUGUCGCGAAUGAAAGGCAAGGGAUUCCGCGUGGCCGUGUGGAGCCAGGCGGUGGCUGCGUGCGAUUGUGGCGAGGAGCCAGCCAGGUGGUUGUCCCGUUUCCUCCUUCAGGAAGACGUUGGCUACAGGCUGGUUUACUACCCGUUACAGUAUCCGAUGCGUGAGGUCAGGAAAAAGAUCGGUGCUUUCUGGGUGACCUCCGACGACACUGGAGCUUAUCCAGACGCCACGAGCUAUUGCCUGAUAAACGAAAGCUCGGUGACGGAUCUGAACAGUCGACUGGAGGAGCCGGUAGCACCGGAAAAUUUUCGGCCCAACUUCGUCGUGAAAGGCGCCGUCCCGUACGAGGAGGACCGAUGGGGCUGGGUGAAGGUCGGCAACGUGAUCUUCAAGAACGUUAUGCCGUGUACCAGGUGCAUCUUCACCACCAUCGAUCCGGCAACAGGCACGAAGAACCCUAACGCAGAGCCUUUGAAAACUCUCAGAAGCUACAGGCAAAUAACGGACCCUACUUUCCGUCCGUUCACCGGCGACAGUCCGGUGAUGGGAAUUCACCUCGGUCUGAGGAGUUCUAACGGCACCGUGAAAUUGGGGGAUCCAGUUUACGUGGGCGAGCCUACGGUGCAACUGCCUAUGGUGACGCCUCCAUAGCUACACCGAU